AUGUCGCUGUCCCUCCCCCCUGUCCUGUGCCGUCCUCUUGUAUCGAACCCGCGCUUUCUUCCAGUCUCUUCGGAUUCCGUCCCUGUGCCCGACUUGCCUCGUGCACUCCGACCUCCCGGUGGACAGUCAAUCUGUCUCAACCUGGCCUUGAUCUUCUCCGACCCCACGCUACUCCCACUCAUCCCGGUGCGGCUGGAGUCUCCCGAGAACGUUGGUGGACUUGCGAUCCCCCCCUGCGAUAUCGACCACACUGCCUAUAGAUCUUGUUGGUUCUUGCCGAGCACCCCACCUCAGUCACCGCUAUCAAGAACCCCCUCAGCCGCGCUUCCACUCGCCUCCGUCAUCCAGACCCCGCCGCCGGAACCCACGCACACCGUGGUGAUUGUGUACCGUGCGGGUCAGGAUGCCAUUGUACAGGUGGUCGCGGAGAUUCUAGGCAAGCCCUGGACCACAGAGACCUCGCUGUCGACAUUGCGCAAGGGUAGCAAUGCCGUGGUGGUGGGGAUCCUGGCCGAUGAUCUAGCGGGGAGCUUGGAGGGCAGCGAGAAAACGGACCGGGUGCUGAUCAACACCCACUGUGUCGAUGAUGGGUCGUUCCCCGAGGAAUCCCUGAGCGAUUCCUGCAACUAUGAGUUUUUGUACUCGCUGCGCAGCCCCUUCUUCCGCCGGGAUUUGACUCGCUUUCUCUCUUUGAUCCUCGGGCAAACCCGCCCUCAUGAGGAUCUCAAGACAAAGAAUCGCACAAACUUCAUCUCCACCACCUUCCCAGAUGUGCACGCGGCAUUGCCCAACCUCGACAUUCUGUCGGUGGGGUCCGAUGCGGUAGAGCUGCGCGUGGACUUGCUGGUAGACCCUUUGCAACAGGCGUCGGACCCGGUGCCAAGUCUCCGCUAUGUCGGACAGCAGUUGAUGCUGCUUCGACAGCAUACCGAGCUCCCGAUUAUCUUCACCACACGAUGUACCAAGGAGAACGGCAAGUUCCCGAUGGAUGAUCCGAACUUGUUCUAUAAAUACCUCCGUCGGGCGAUCCAAUGGGGUGUGGAGUACAUCGACGUGGAGCUGUGGCUGCCGGAGGAGAUCCGGAAACGCCUGGCGGAUGACCGGGGUCAUAGUAUCAUCAUGUCGGCAUUCCAUGAUUUCUCGGGGACGUGGAAGUGGACGUCGCCCGAAGCAACCCGGAUCUUUGCGGAGAGCGCCAAAUAUGCGGAUAUCGUGAAGAUGAUCGCGAUGGUGAACACGGUAGAGGCCAAUUAUGAGCUCGAGUAUUUUCGCUCGACCAUCAAAGAGACGUGUGGACCAUAUCCCCUGCUAUCGGCGGUCAACAUGGGUCAGAUGGGUCAACUCUCCCGGGCGCUCAACACGGUGUUCUCGCCAAUUACGCACCCGCUGUUGCCGAUGAUCGCUGCGCCCGGCCAGCUGACCGCCGCGGAGAUCAAUGAGGCGCUCCACAUUAUGGGACAGCUGCCCAAGCAUGAUCUCUAUGCGAUUGGAUCCUUCCGGUCGACACCCCAGUCGAUGUUCAUGGAGAAAUGCUUCAACGAGUUGAGCCUGCCGCAUACGUUGACAUCGAUCGAUCGGGGACCAACGAAUUCGAUCGAACGGGUGAUCACGCAGCCGUCGUUUGGAGGAGCGUCGGUGCAUCCCCCGAUAUCCAGCAGCACGGCCUGUAUCCCCGCGGUCAGUGAGGCGGCGCGGGCGAUUGGACUGAUCGACACGAUCGUGGCGGCGCGAGAGGGCUCGCCGUUGAUGGGCGAGAAUGCCACCUGGAAAGGCAUUCGGGCGACCUUGACUCGCGAUUAUGUGCCGUCGGCGUAUCGCGGCCGUGCGGCUAUCAUCCUGUCUGGUAGUGAAAGCGAAGCGUCGGCGGCGAUCUUCGCCCUGCGCAGCUUAGGAGUGGGAGCCAUCUACACUGUGGGAUUCCGAGCAAGCGGGCCACUUGCGGAAGGCCUGGAGCCGUUCACCUCGAUUCAAUCGGUGAAACUGGUGGAACAGCCGUUUGUGAUUGUUUCUGCGCUGCCGCCUGAGAAAUCCCUACUGGUGCAACCGUUGCUGCGCCAUUACCGAACAAGCGGACGGGCAUCGCCGCCAUCGACUCGGGGGAAAGUCUAUCUUGACCUGACUCGGGGGGAACGUACCGGAGAUCCCGUCGGGGUGGCGGUCCAGGCCGGAUGGACUGCGUACGGGAUUGAUGAUGUGAACGCCUGGACGACGGUGGAGACGUUGCGCCUACUGGUGGGGCAGAAUGUGCCCUUUGAUUUUGUACGGAUGGCGUCUGGGCGGGUGUUUUGA